CCAGCCGCUCCCGUGACGCUGAGGAGAAUCCAAAGGAGCCGCUCCCGUGAAGCACCUCAAGCUGCUCCGCCCCGACGACACGCUCCUGCUCGGCCGCGUCUACCGCCUCGUCAGCUUCGAAGGGGUGCUGAAGGAGUUCGCGACGAAGCGGCACGUCAAGCUCAGCCGCGUCAUGGUCAAGGUCAAGGACGAGGAGGUGCCGGCGACGAAGCCGGCCAAGCCUAGGCGCCGGCGUGGCAGCGGCGGCGCCGGCGCUGACGCCGGCGUCGUGCGCGAGGAAUCAGACCGGUCGCUCGCAAAGGUGCGUUCGCAUGCAUCUCCCAGUUUCCGAAUGUUCACUCGCACAUGCAUUGCAACCACCGCCUCGGCCCAAAUCUUUUUGUGAUCCGUUCGGUCGCCAUCGACGGAGAUGAUGGACCGAUCCAUCGCAGCUCGUACCAAUAUCUUCGCCGGCAGCCUGGACCAGCACCUGUUCAGCUCGGCGCCGGGGUCGCGGCCGGGGCAGCCGCUCGGGUGGGAGCUCCGGUACAGCAUCGUCCAGGGCGUGGCGUCGGCGCUGCACUACCUGCACGACCAGUUCGACCAGCGGGUGGUGCACCGCGACCUCAAGGCCUCCAACAUCAUGCUGGACGCCGCCUUCACCGCGCGCCUCGGCGACUUCGGCCUGGCCCGCACCAUCGAGACGGACAAGACCUCCUACAUGGAGGAGGCCGGCGGCGGCGUGCACGGCACCGUCGGCUACAUCACCCCCGAGUGCUACCACACCGAGAAGGCCACGCGUGAGUCCGACGUCUACGCCUUCGGCGCCGUCCUCCUCGAGGUGGUCUGCGGCCGCCGCCCGCGCUGCGACAUCGACGGCUUCCACUUCCUGGUGGACUGGGUGUGGCGCCUCCACCGCGACGGCCGCGCGCUCGAGGCCGUCGACCCCAGCCUCGACGAGGACGACGCCGAGCGCCUGCUCAUGCUGAGCCUGGCCUGCAGCCACCCGACGCCCGCCGAGCGGCCCAAGGCGCAGGCCAUCUCGCAGAUCCUGCUCCGGUCCAUGCCGAGGCCGGCGGUGCCGCCGUUCAAGCCCUCAUUCGUGUGGCGACGGACAGAGGGUUCGACACCAUGUCCACAACGGCGGGAUCGACGUCGAGCACGGUCGUGACGGCCACGUCCACAUGCGCUGGAAUAUUUCGACAGAGACGAGGCACUGCGGGUAGAUAGGGGAAAACGGUAGGGGCUUAAGUGCAAAAUGUGCCGCGCUGAACAGCUCAUCCACUUGGCUGCAUGUGAUAGGACCAGGACUAAACUUGCUCAUGUGCUGCAAGUUCAAGGACUGUUCAAUUCACUUUUGCAAUAUAUGGACUAAAUCA